CAAGAAACGGAAAUAGCUGUAUAAAAAUUAGGGUUAUAAAUUUAUUUGGGACUAUGGAACUGAAGAAUUUUCUACUAGUGUUUUUCCUCUGCGGCGUCCUUCCACAUGGUUUUGCUAUUACCAACUAUUAUAUGGACAGUGAUUCUGGAAGUGGACAGUGUCAAAGACAGGCAAGAGAUGUCUACAAGGAAGAUUCAGUGUUCGUUAAUGCUUGGAGAGAUAGUGAUAACCGUCCAGUGUCACUGGGGGGAAUGUGUGAGAUUGGCUUUAGGUCCUCCCAAGGUGGUUUUAUUAUCUCUGUAGAAAAUUUGUACAUCCCUCAGGAUUCUGGAGCUAAAUUGACAAUCAGGACUGGAAGUGAAGGUCCAAACAAUGCAUGGAAAGUGUUCAACCCUGGUUCAUCUGUAACGGCACAGUCAUACCAGAACAUACAUGAGUAUGUUUUGUUUGUUCUUGAAAGAGAAACUGACUAUCGCAUCAACUAUGACUUCAAAAUUAGUGUUCGGUCACUGGAAGUUCAACAGUUCACUAUUUCAAUUGGUGCCAUCAUUGGUAUUGCGAUUGGAGCAGUAGCCCUGGUUGCCAUUUUAGGUGUUGUAAUAUACUGCUGCUUCUGUCAUGGUGUGAGAGCUCAUGGUGUGUAGGUUACAGUGACAGGGAGGUGGCUUUUAUCUCGGGAGUAUGUUAAUAAGAUUUCAGAAGUCGCAUCAUUGUGGUUUGAGAUAUAUUCCAACUACAAAGAUGCACUUUUAAAAGUGUUAUUUGAAUGAGCAGGUUUGAUAUAUGAGGCAUUUAAGAAGAUGGAUGUAUUUGACAAGCAUGCAGGCACACAAAUGCACACACAUUCAUUGCUGAAGUUCUUAACUUCUAGCGUAUGUUUUCUGGUCUUUUUUCUAAAGAUCUAUAUGAUAAUUGUACAAAGUCACCAGCUCCAUUUAUGACACCUGCACAUUAAAAAAAAUGAAAAUGCAACAUUUUGGUUUUUGCAUACACAUUAGGUUACUGACAACUGUGAUCACUAUAACAUCAAUUACCAGGUUUAACAUUUAAAUAAAUGAAUAAUUGAAUUAAAUAAUUGGAAAACUGUGUGCGUGUGUGUUUGCCAUAGGUUAACAGAUGUUACUUCAACUCUAAUUUUGGUACAGUACUUUAUGCACAGAUUCAUGUGUUGUACAUUUUAUCUCUAGCAUUUUAGUAACCAAGUUUUAUACAUAUAUUGGAGUAUUUAGCUAUUUUAUGAAGUGUAAAUAUUCCCUGUUAUUUUAAUGGAUUGUUAUAUAUUAUUGUUAGAUGUACUAGUUAUUGUAUUUUUAGAUAUUUCAUAAUGCUUGAAUAUUUUCUAGUUUGCUUUCUGUAUGUGGAAUAAGGAAAAAUAGAGUUUAAAAAAGAUGGAUAAUUAUGCAAAAUACAGACAAAUGUUGAUGGAUGAUGCUCCAGAUUUUGACUGCAGAAAUUGUGGAUAACUGCUGUAAGUUUCAAAGAAUUGGUUGUGUAGUGGUUCCUAGUUAUCAUUCCAUUCAAAGUACUAUUAGACAUUUAACUGAACUUAGGAAUCAUUAUGGACUUUCUGUAGGCUUUUAUGAUUACAUUUCUUCUUUGGAUCCCUGUGCUUAUAGCUCAAAGACAAUUGACAUUCUUUAAAAGAGAUGCAAUCAGAAGCCCUUCUCAAAAGUUGCACUUAUACACAAUGUGAAAACAAAGAGAAAACUUAUUAAUUAUGUGUUAUGGGCCAAUCAUAUAUAUUUGUGACCUAUUUCUGUAGCUUAAUUUUAAGGUCUGGUAAACUGACACAGCUGUUUUUCAUUCUCAGCUUAGAGGGAUGGUUUAUGAUUUCAAGCAAGACCGUUGCUUAUUGUUAACUUCAGGAUAUUGCCCUUGUGAUACUUGGAAAUUUGCAAAUAUAUGAAUAUCUCUGUUUCUUUUGUCAUUUUGGUACAUUGAAAUGCAGUUCUUAGUCUACAUGUAGUUUGUUGUAUGACUAAUUAUUAGUGUUACUAUUUUUUUUGUUGUUAUCAUGGAAGGUUUUAUUUUAGAGUAUCUUGUGAACUUAAACAAAUCUGUUAGUUCUGAAUCUUGAGCAAAAAGUUUGCCAUAUUGCAUUACUUGUUUAUUUUGUAAAGGUAAAACCUUUAUAAAUUGUUGAAUCUUAGCAUAUUGCCAUUCCUUUGUUCUGCCAUUCCUUUGUUCUUGUUAUAUACAUCAAAAUGUCUUUCACUGGGUUCCUGAUCCAUCUGGAUCGUCCUAACUCCCUGGGGGUUCAUGCUAAAUUGCCAUCAGCUCAAAGAGGCUUAAAUGUCUG